GUCCGUGUUUAGUGGUUUAGUCCGUGUUUAGUGGUUUAGUCUGUGUUUAGUGGUUUAGUCCACAUUUAGAGGUUUAGUCCGUGUUUAGUGGUUUAGUCCGUGUUUAGUGGUUUAGUCUGUGUUUAAUGGUUUAGUCUAUGUGUUUUAUUAGAGAAAACCAUGAAAACCAGCUUUAAAGAUGAAUUGAAGAUGUUUCAGGUGGAGCUGCACGAAAAAAAACUCUUUGAUUUGUGAACGUCCAAUAAAAAUCACCAGUCAACAAAAUGAAAACUCUACAAAUGUUAGGAGAAAUGUGUUUGGUGAAGUUAACGGGAUUUUCCCCUCAAAGCAGACGUCCAGACAAGGUUCAAGGCUUAUAGCCGUUUGCACAUACAGUACAUCAGGUUUUUUCUUCAGGUCAGGGUAAAUAACCAAACCAACCAAACCAAAGAAGUUUCUCCUUUUGUCUUGAACUGAUGACUCCUGCAGGUGAACAUGUCAAUGAAAAAGGAAUCCGGUUUUACAACGACCUGAUCGACAAGCUUCUGGACAACAAGAUCACCCCCAUGGUCACUUUGUAUCACUGGGAUCUACCACAGGUGCUGCAGGAGAAGUAUGGCGGCUGGCAGAACGUCAGCAUGGUGGACUACUUUAAUGACUUUGCCAGUUUGUGCUUUGAGCGCUUUGGAGACAGAGUCAAACACUGGAUGACGUUCAACAAUCCGUGGUCUGUUGCUGUGGAGGGAUAUGAGACCGGAGAACAUGCUCCUGGACUGAAGCUGAAGGGAACAGGAGCAUACAGAGCUGCACACCAUCUGAUCAAGGCACAUGCUAAAGUUUGGCACACUUACGACAUGAAGUGGAAAAGCAAACAAAAAGGUCUGGUCGGCAUUUCACUGACUGCUGACUGGGGGGAACCAGUGGACACCUCCAACCAGGAGGACAUCCGGGCAGCGGAGAGAUACUUUCAGUUCUACCUGGGCUGGUACGCAGGCCCCCUCUUCCAUGGAGACUACCCCCAGGUCAUGAAGGAGUACAUCGGUAGAAAGAGUGGACAGCAGGGCCUGGGAGCAUCGCGGCUUCCUGUCUUCUCCGCCCAGGAGAAAACCUACAUCAGAGGCGCCUGCGACUUCCUGGGCCUAGGCCACUUUACCACCCGCUACAUCACCCAGAAGAAUUACCCAUCAGGCCUUGGGGAUAGUUACUUUGUGGAUCGGGACCUUGCUGAGCUGGUUGAUCCAAAAUGGCCUGAUCCAGGCUCAGAGUGGCUGUAUUCAGUUCCCUGGGGCUUCAGACGCUUUCUGAACUAUGUGAAGUCUGAGUACGGAAACCCGAUGAUCUACGUGACAGAAAACGGCGUCCCGGAGAAAAAGUACUGCACAGACCUGUGUGACGCCUGGAGGAUGCAGUACUACAAAGACUACAUCAAUGAGAUGCUCAAAGCAGUUAGAGACGGUGUGAACGUGAAGGCCUACACAGCCUGGUCUCUCCUGGACAGCUUUGAGUGGGAUGAAGGAUACAGCCAACGGUUCGGCCUGUUCUUUGUGGACUUCAGCAGUAAGAAUAAACCACGGUACCCGAAGGCCUCUGUCCAGUUCUACAAACGGAUCAUCAGCUCCAAUGGUUUUCCCAAUCAGAGAGAGAUGGAGAGUUGGAAGAGGAAAGCUGAGGAAGCCUGCUUCUCCAGUAACCAGCUCCUGGCUGCAGAUCCACUGCGGGGCCACAAGGAGAUGGUGAGCGAGAUCGUGGUUCCCACCGUGUGCACGCUCUGCGUCCUGCUCAGCGCCAUUUUCUUCAUGUUCCUGCUGAGGAGACGCCUCUGAGAAACUCAUACCAUCAAAUCUGCAUCAGCCCGACAGCCUUCUAAGGCUUCAACUGGAGUCAAGGCUGGUUUCCAAUCAUCAAUAAAUCCAGUCAGAACCUGUUUCAAAGCAUCAAUGAAGCUCAGUGGAUAACUAAAGGUUUGUUUUUCCAAGAGGUCCAUCUGGGGCCUGUUUCAGAAAGGAGGUUAAGUGUAAACUCUGAGUAUGUU